GAUAACAAUCACUUAUUAUUGAGACUGUACUCUCUUCACUUCUCCUCUAAACCCAAAAACCCUAAAUCUCCAUCUCUGAUCAUCAAACAGCAAUGGCCUUAUUCUCACGCCUCCGCACAAACCUCAGCCUUAACUCACUUAAACACCGCCACUUCUCGGCGUCCUCAAUCCUCGCCUCUGGUGAUUCGUCGCCGUUAACCAGCAAAGAAAAGACACGCGCCGCUCUCUCUCUCCUCAGAUCAGAAUCCAAUCCCGAACGUAUUCUCGACAUCUGCCGCGCCGCCUCUCUCACUCCCGACUCUCAUCUUGACCGCAUCGCCUUAUCAAAUGCCAUCUCCAAGCUAUCCCAAGCCAAUCACUUCAACGGCAUUGCUCAGUUCCUUGAAGAACUCAAGGCCCGACCCGAUUUGAGACGAAACGAACGUUUCAUUUGUCACUCUAUCGUCCUUUACGGCCAAGCGAACAUGAUGGACCACGCCGUCCGUACAUUCAAGGAAAUGGAAAACAACGGUUUUAGUCAUUCCGUCAAGUCACUAAACGCGCUGAUAUUCGCCUGCAUUUUGGCGAAGGAUUAUAAAGAAGUGAAACGGAUAUUCGUCGAGUUCCCGAAAAUUUACAAAAUCGAGCCGAAUUUGGAGACUUAUAACACUGUGAUUAAGGCGUUUUGUGAGUCAGAUGAGUCGAGUUCGGUGUAUUCUGUGUUGGCGGAGAUGGAUAGGAAAUCGGUGAAGCCAAAUACGACGACGUUUGGGACUUGGUUAGCAGGAUUUUAUAAAGAGGAGAAGUAUGAAGAUGCUGAGAAAGUUUUGGAAUUGAUGGAGAAAUACAAAAUAAAGUCAGGGCUUAGUGUGCAUAACAUAAGGAUUCAGAGUUUGUGCAAGAAGAAAAAAUCUGUGGAAGCCAAAGCAUUGUUAGAUGGGAUGUUAUCGAGAAGAAUGAAGCCGAAUUCGGUAACUUAUAAGCAUUUGAUUCAUGGGUUUUGCAAGGAAGGGAAUUUGGAUGAAGCUAGGAGAUUGUUUAAGAGCAUGAUUAACCGAGGGUUGAAACCGGAUAGCGAAUGCUAUUUUACAUUGGUGCAUUUCUUGUGUCAAGGUGGGGAUUAUGAGACGGCAUUGAAGGUAUGUAAGGAGAGUAUGGAGAAGGGUUGGGUGCCGAACUUCUCUACAAUGAAGUUACUUGUGAAUGGACUGGCGAGUGUUUCGAGAGUUGAUGAAGCGAAGGAACUAAUUGGGGCGGUGAAGGAGAAGUUCUCUAAGAAUGGUGAUAUGUGGAAUGAGGUUGAAGCGGGCUUGACACAGUAGAGAAAUUAAGGUAUGCAAGUUUGUUAGAAGACUAUGGAGAUUUUUUAAUAAUACAAGUUUCAGAAUUUUGUAUGAAAAAUCUCAUUUUUGUUUAAUCUAUUGGGUUAUGGAAGUUUUAUGUUUAACUGAUGAGAGCCCAUUGAAGGAGCCUUUUAAUACAUGUGGAUUUAUUGAUUGUUAAUUAACUGUGAAGGGAUAUGAUUA